AUGAGAGGACAGCCCAGGUUUCGUCGCAGGCCCCACGCUACAGGCACCUUACUGGCUGCUGUCGUUCUGAUAUCCAGUGUGGACUUUCACGGCGCUUCCACCACCACCGACUGUCCAUGUGAGGUCUUACCAUUUGGGGAUGCAACCUGCGAAAAUGCCUUUCAGGCACCUCCAUGCCUCCUUUCCAAGAACGUCGACGUGCUGCUACUGGAACUUCCAACUGUUACACAACUGACCUCUUCCGUGCUGGCCAGUGUACCAAGCCUGCUCAGGCUCCACCUUAUCGCCCCUUCUCUGACCAUCAUCAGGUCGUCCGCCUUCUCCAACAACCCGCUACUGCGCGACCUCAUCUUGGAGAUACCGAAUAUGACCACUUUGGAGCCUGGAACCUUCCGAUCACUGCCCAAACUCAAGCGUCUACACAUGGAGAGUACCAUCCAGAGCCUGGAAGAGGACGAGUUUGAGCUGUGCCCGGAAUUGAGUAGUGUGGAGAUCGCAGCCAGUCUCCAGGAGCUGCGGCCUGGAACGUUCAGACACAACAAUGAGCUCAGCAACCUGCGACUCGCUAACAACAACUUGACCCACUUGCCGGAUGGUCUGCUCUCCCACAACCCAAAAGUGGGUUACAUAGACCUCGCCAACAACGGCAUAAGGACCAUCUCAGCCGGGGCGUUCAGGAACGCUUCGAAUCUCCACAACUUAAUUCUUUCUCGGAACAACCUGACAACUCUAGAGGAGGGAACACUGGAUGAUGCGGUGCCACUCAUAUAUUUCCAUGCUUCGCAGAAUCAACUCACAUCCCUGCCCCCAACAAUCUUUGCCAGAACUGUGUCACUGCUUGAAAUCAAUCUCAGCUUUAACAACCUGACAUCUCUUCCAAAGGACAUAUUUGCAGCUACUACUGAUCUCAGGAUACUGAGCCUGAACCACAACAAGCUGGAGUCCUUGGAACCAGGGUUGUUCCAGAACACCCGCCGGCUGAUCAUGCUGCAUCUGAAUGGGAACGCCAUCAAGACCCUCUCGGCAGACGCGUUCACAGGUUUGCAGCGGUUGCGCUACCUGUACAUGUCCGACAACCAGCUGACCUCGCUGCCUGUUGAUGUCUUCAAGCCAACUCCUGCCCUGGACAGCCUGGUUCUGAAAGGGAACCUCCUCCAACAGCUGUCAGACGAGGUGCUGGCCAACUGCCCCCAGUUGGACAGUCUGUAUUUGGACCGCAAUCAGCUCAAGAGUCUUCCAGGGCGACUCUUCACCAACAAUACUGAGCUCAGUGUUGUCUCACUCGAAGGCAACUGUCUUAGCAGACUGCCAACCGAGCUGUUUGCCGGGGCGCCAUCACUGAAACUUCUGCGCUUGGGACGUAACCCAUGGGACUGCACCAACUGCAGUGUUGCUGCGAUCGCUGCCUGGCUGACAUCACAGCACAUCAACUUCGGCGAUGUCGUUCCGCAGUGCUCGGGACCUGGACCACUGGCUGGAAAGGACAUCCGUGUGGCGACGGCUGCUCACUGUCCAAAGGACAGCGGCCAGAAGGGUCUAGGGAUAGGUACAUUGCAGGAGGGAGAUACGCUCUUCAGUAGCAUCAAUACGACUACUGGCUGGCGUCCAGAGUUUCAUCGAGGGCCUCACGUCCCAGGAAUCAUAGUGGCUUCAGUCCUUCUGAUAUUCAGUGUUGAGGUUUGUGGCGAUUCCAAUAACACCGACUGUCCAUGUGACGUCUCCACACUGACAUCCUGCUAUGAAGUCUCUCAAGCACCUCCAUGCCUCCUGUCUAAGAACGUCUCGUUCUUCAUAAUUGAUCUUCCAACCAUCACCCAUCUGACUGCUCCCGUGUUGGAGAAUGUGCCAAGCGUGCAGAAACUCUACAUUUCGUCCUCUUCCCUGACAACCAUCGGAUCGUCCGCCUUCGCCAACAACCCAUUAGUGUAUGAACUCAGAAUGAGUAUACCGAGCGUGACCACUUUGGAGUCGGGAGUCUUCCGAUUACUGCCCAAACUCCAGUACCUGUACAUGACGAGUGCCAUCCAGAGUCUGGACGAGAACCAGUUCGAGCUGUGCCCAGACCUGAGAACAGUGGUCAUCAGCGCCAGGAUCCAGGAAAUAUGGCCAGGAACUUUCAGACAGAACAAGGCACUCAGUUUCCUGAGCCUCUACAACAACAACUUCACGCACUUGCCAAAUGGUCUGCUCGCUGGCAACCCAGAAUUGCGUCACUUGUACCUCAAUAACAAUGCUAUACGGACCAUUUCUGGUGGGGCGUUCAGGAACGCUUCGAAACUCCUGGAGCUGAUGCUGUCUCGAAACCACCUGAGAGAGCUGGAACAGGGAGCGUUGGACGACGCGGAGCUGCUCACCGAUUUCGACGCUUCGGAGAACGAAAUCACAUCUCUGCCCUCGACAAUCUUCGCCAGAACUGUGUCGCUGAGAAAAAUUGAUCUCCACUCGAACAACUUGACGUCUCUUCCAAAGGACAUAUUUGCAACUACUGCCAAUCUUGUGGAUCUACUCCUGGCCUCCAACCAGCUGGAAACCCUGGAACCAGGCAUGUUCCGGCACACCCCCCUGCUGCACACAUUGGAUCUCAGAGAGAACAUCCUCAAGACCCUCCCUGGAGAUGCGUUUGCCGGGAUGCGGGGCUUGCGCUACCUGCGCCUGUCCCACAACCAGCUGGCCUCACUGCCAGGUGAUGUCUUCAAGGAGACCACUGGCUUGCUGACACUGGAGAUGUCAAACAACCUCUUCGAGGAGUUGCCAGAGCAGCUGCUGGCCAACUGCCCUGAGCUGUCGAUUCUAUUUUUGGGCCACAACAAGCUCAAGAGACUGCCUGGGCGACUCUUCAUCAACAACACUGAUCUCUGGUGUGUCUGGCUAGAAGACAACAAUCUCUCGAGCUGCGGGCGAGACUCUCGACCCAGCGUCUCUGACUGCGUGGGGCAGUGCGUGUCGGUGCGUGAGUUCUGGCAGCCGAUAGCUGGUGCGCGGGAGCGCUAG